AUGGCGGCCUCGUGGCCGACCAUCGCUCCCGACGAGGAUAUCGCGGCCCUCCUCGAGCGGGCGCAAGUUUCUGCGCCCAUCUCAGAUAAGGUGGUGCCGCAGCUGCUGGCCCAGGAUGUCGGCAGCGUCGCGGCGCUGCUCGAGGCGGGCAGCAGCGCGAUGGCCGGCGGCGAUGGUGCUGCGGGCGAGCGCGCGGGCGGCGGCGUCGCUCACCCGAGCGCACCCGAGGUUGGCCCGACGUCUAGGCUGGGCAUGCUCGACCCGCCCACCCACGUGAGCUACAACGCUCUGCGCUACAACGCGACCGAGCUCGCCUCCAACAGGCGCCGCCUCGUGGGGGCGCGAGGCGUGAACGUGGACCGGCGGGGAAUAAAAACGCGAAACAGGGCCACGCUCGAUGGCCUAGAGCUGCAGCAAUUUAGAUUAUGA